AUGAUGAGCUUCAGCUCGGACCAUUAUCUUUGCUCCUCCUCCUACAGGAAAGUGUUUGGGGAUGGCUCACGCCUCUCCUCGCGCUUCGGGGGCAGCGGCUCCGGGGGCUUCAGGUCUCAGUCUCUGUCCCGCUGCAAUGUUACCUCGUCGGGUGCCUGUUCCGCCUCCUCUUCUUUGGGGCUAGGGCUGAGCUACCGCCGGACCGGGCCAGAAAACUUAGACCUGAGCCAGGCAGCAGCGCGCAACAAUGAGUACAAGAUCAUCCGCACCAACGAGAAAGAGCAGCUUCAGGGCCUCAACGACCGCUUUGCAGUGUUCAUCGAAAAGGUGCAUCAGCUGGAGACCCAGAAUCGUGCGCUAGAGGCCGAGUUGGCGGCCCUGCGGCAGCGCCACGCUGAGCCCUCGCGCGUUGGCGAGCUGUUUCAGCGUGAGCUGAGGGAGCUCCGAGCGCAGCUGGAGGAGGCUAGUUCCGCGCGGACUCAGGCGCUGCUGGAACGCGACGGGCUAGCAGAAGAGGUGCAGAGGUUGCGGGCACGAUGCGAGGAGGAGACCCGCGGGAGAGAGGGCGCAGAGCGAGCCCUGAAAGCGCAGCAGCGAGAUGUGGAUGGCGCCACCCUGGCACGGCUGGACCUAGAAAAGAAGGUGGAGGCGCUAUUAGACGAGUUGGCUUUCCUAAGGCAAGUGCACGAGGAGGAAGUGUCUGAGCUGCUGGCGACGCUGCAGGCAUCGUCCCAGGCCUCAGCCGAGGUGGACAUGACGUUGGCCAAGCCAGAUCUGACCUCGGCUCUGCGGGAGAUCCGUGCCCAGUACGAGUCUCUGGCAGCCAAGAACCUGCAAUCCGCUGAGGAGUGGUACAAAUCUAAAUUUGCCAACUUGAACGAACAAGCGGCACGUAGCACCGAAGCCAUUCGAGCCAGCCGCGAGGAAAUCCACGAAUAUCGUCGCCAGCUGCAGGCACGCACCAUAGAGAUCGAAGGGCUCCGGGGAGCCAAUGAGUCCCUGGAAAGGCAGAUUCUGGAGAUGGAGGAAAGGCACAGUGCUGAGGUGGCUGGCUUUCAGGAUAGCAUUGGACAACUAGAGAAUGACCUGAGAAACACAAAGAGUGAGAUGGCUCGCCACCUGCGGGAGUACCAGGAUCUGCUCAAUGUCAAAAUGGCUCUGGACAUUGAGAUUGCAGCUUACAGGAAGCUGCUAGAAGGUGAAGAGACCCGGUUCAGCACCAGUGGAAUGACCAUUUCAGGGCUGAAUCCACCUCCCAAUCCUGGUUAUUUGGUACCAUCCAGAAUGUUCAGUUCGACUGCCUCAAAAGCUUCACCCCCUGUUUUGUCUUUUAAGAAAGAGGAGAAGGAAGAAGCUUCUAAAGUAGCCUCCAAAAAGGCUUCUCAGAUAGGAGAGAGCUUUGCAGAAAUAAUGGAGGAAACUAUAAUAUCUACUAAGAAAACCGAAAAGUCAAACCUAGAAGAAGUCACCAUUUCAAGCCAAAAAAUAUAG